CCUCUGAGGCACGGCCUCGCCAAAGCCAAGGAGUCACUCGUGCAGCAGGAAGCAGUUUGGGGGCUGAGUCUCAGGAAGCAGAAGUCAUUUUUUCGCACACACAGACACACACAGGCGUAGGGGGAACCGUCACUUUCCUCCACACCCUCUGACAUCAGCCACCUUCUCUGUAGCAGCAGUGUCUCUGCACUCAAAUUAAUCCCAGGCUAUGAAAAAUGAGCCUCUCCCCCACCCUUGCGGCCGCCUUUCGCCUCACGCCCCCAGAGAGCAGUUUCUGGGCCAGGCAGCAGCCGGUGAAGCUUUUUUUCCAAGUCACGUGAUCCAGGAUGCAGGGGGAGAAUCCUUCUUGGAACAGAGAUGAGCCCAGAACCGAGUCAGAUGAAGAGAGAUAAGGUGUGAUGUGGGGAAGAUUAUAUAAAGCAUGGAGCCAGGGCUGCAGCAGGCACUCCAGCGAGGGCCCCCUUCCGCAGAGGCGGCCAUGCACGUGCCCGCCGGCCCUGCAGCCGGCCCCUGGGGACCCAGGAGCCGCAGCUACUUCUGCUUCACCACAGCCUUGCUGGCUCUGUGCCUUGUCUUCACCGUGGCAACCUUCAUGGUACUGGUCGUUCGCAGAGCGGACUCCAUUCCCAACCCACCUGACAACUUCCCCCUUAAAGGAGGAAACUGCUCCGAAGACCUCUUAUGUAUCCUUAAAAGGGCCCCAUUCAAGAAGUCAUGGGCGUACCUCCAAGUGUCCAAGCAUCUCAACAGCACCAGGUUGUCUUGGAACAAAGAUGGCAUUGUCCAUGGAGUCACAUACCAUGACGGGAAGCUGGUGAUCCAGUUCCCAGGUUGGUACUUCAUCAUUUGCCAACUGCAGUUUCUUGUGCAAUGUUCAAACCAUUCAGUGGACCUGAAGUUGGAGCUUCUCGUCAACAAAGAGGUCAAAAGAGAAGCCCUGGUGACAGUGUGUGAAUCUGGACUGCCAACCAGAGAGAUAUACCAGAAUCUCUCUCAAUUCUUGUUGGAUUACUUGCAGGUCAAUGCCACCAUAUCAGUGAUGGUAGACAAAUUCCAGUAUGUGGAUACCAACACCUUUCCUCUUGAAAAUGUGCUGUCCAUCUUCUUAUAUAGCAGUUAAGAGCAAACAGUUCUCUUGGCCUUCAGGAAGAAAACAACUCUCUAUCAUACAGUAUUUCAUCUACCCAAAUACUUGGGCAAACAAAACUUUUAGACCAACUCUGAAACUGCAUGUUAAAUUGCACAUUUCUCCUUCUGUCUCUUGGGAAGAUACAGCUCUAGGGUUAAAAAGAGUUUUGAGUCAAGAAUCUUUCAGAUAGAAGGCAGGAAAGGAAUGUGGUUGGUAGACAGAGCCCCACCUGGGAAGCAGAGGGAAUGGCUAUAUGGCCUGCCCAACCACUAAUCCACUGGAUGACCUUGAGCCAAUCCUUUCUCUCACUUGAACUCAGGAUCCACGGGAGGCUGGGUAUGAAUCUCUCCAAAGUCUCCUCCAUCUCAUCAAGCUAAGCUUGCAGGCAGGGUUCUAGAAGCACUGAACUACAGGAAGGCACCCAUACCAGUAUAAAACCAAUGGUACCAGGAGCAUCUGGCUGCCUAUCAACUCGACAGAAUGAGACCAUGGGCAUAUAUUCAGGGUGCCCUGAAUAAUGGUGGGAAUUGCAGGAUCUGCAACACAAGCUGACCCUCACGUGGGUAUUUAGAAAACCAUCUGACAAGAUCUGACCCCAUGCCAGUUAAGAAUGACAAUAAGUCAACAGCAGACAGCUUUUGCUUCCUGCCGGGAAAGUGCCGUGCAUUCAGCAAGCAUUCCAUCUGUGUGUCAUGGUCAAGGUGAUGCCGUCAGUCAGGGAACAGCUGUUGCCAUCUCCUGAAUGGUGCAUUUCUGUUCGCUGCCUCCAACACCCCUUAGGAAACCAGUUCUGUGGAGGAGGGCUUUUGUGUUCCCCUAAAACUGUCAAUAGACAAUGAUGACCCUGAGAAUGAUGAGAAGGACUUAUGAACAAGAGCAGCCUCCUCUCCUCAAGAAAGUAGUUGUGAGUCUUCUCCAGCUGCAUCCAACUUGACAUCUCUGUGUCAUCAUGGCAGGAGCCCCUUAUUUGCUGCAGGAUAGUGACAAGGCAUCCGAGUUAAAGGGAAAGCCCCUGAGGUUAGGCAUCAAAAGGAAAAGACGAAUUCUCGACUGCUAUUCCAAAUAAUGCAGCAAAAAUUGCAUUUUCAUCAAGAAGAAAGAAUAGAAAUUCAGCAGUGUUAGAGAAAUGCUGGCAAAGAUUUAAAGGCAAAACCACCAGUUGUGGUAUGGAUGAGAGGGAUGUGGCAAAACAAAGAUGGAUAAGGGAAAACUUUUAAGACAUUUGCUGAGCAACAUGCUACAUCAGGCUCCUCCUAGAUCUCCUCUCUGAAAGAUUCAGUGAAGUCUAUGUGUCUCUUCAUCUUUUCCUGAGAGUAGAUUCUUUGGGAAGAGCAGGCAUUGAAAGAGAAGCUGAUUCAGCAAGCCUACUGGUGAGCAGGCCAAAGGGAGGACUCAAACUUGGAGAGCAAGGGGACUUCUGCAUGUGAAUAACACACCAACUGUGUAGACAAAUGAGAUACCUGAGCCAACUCCUGCAUUAUGGAAAAUGUAUAGACAACCUAAGUGUGUGUAAACUUUUGCAGAUGUGCUAAUAAUAUCUUGCAUUCUAACUUGAGAAAGGUGCCAUUUUCACUGUUCACCAACCAUUCUCUGAACAGAGGGACUCACUUUUGUACCAGGAGUGUUCCUAAACUUGGUGUCUAUCAAGCAAUGUUCAUAAAGCCAGCAUGCAAGGGCACAAGAGGCAUGUCAUUUAAAAGAAUAACAGCAGGGACAGGCAUUUGGCCUAGCAGUUAAAAAUACAGUCAGAACAACUACAUCCCACAUUGGAGUAUUAGGCUCAACUUCCAGCUCUGGCUCUUGAUUCCAGCUUCCUGCUAAGGUGGACCCUGGGAAGCAGUGGUAACCACUAAAGAAGUUAAGUACCUGUCACCCAUGUGAAAGGUCUGAAUUGAGUUCAACUCCCAGCUUUGGCCAGGCCAAGCCUUGACCAUUGUAGGCAUCUGGGGGAGUGAACUGCCAGGGGAGAGUUCACUCAUGCACUCUCUCUCUGUCUCUCUGUGUGUGUGUGUGUGUCUGUCUGUCUGUCAACUUAAAACAAGGUCUACACUAAUUCUGUAAAUAUAAACUGGAAUCCCUUUUUUAAGAAAAGACAGAGAGGUUAAGAAUAAUAAUGUAACACAACAAGAGAGAGUAAUUAUUAAGUCAGCAGACAGAUACACAUAGGGAGUGGAUAAUUCAAGAAGUAUAAACUAAAUCCAGUUACUCUUGAAGGUUAACCAGCCCCUCAUAAUGUUAUGAGCAAAUGACAGCAUUUAUGCCAGGAGAAUAAAUUAUGUAUCUGAUUGGGAACUCAGAAUGCCUAGAAUGCAUGGCUCUUUGAUAAAAACUCAACUUGAGGCCACCAACUCAGCACCCCUUCCUCCCACUCCUCACUCAGCUUCCAGUACCACACACAGGAGAUGUGCAGAACUUGUGGAGGAAAGUGAUCAGUACACUGAUGAAAAAUAACCAGGCAAUGCAGAUUCAAUGUGCUUCUGCCCUUGGAAAAAUCCUGGUGACUUGCUUCUCUACACGUGGUAACUUUGUCUUCACCAGGUCUACCCAUCACCCCCUGAUGCCUCCUGUAACUCCAUUUGAGAAUCCCCUGUUAUACUAAAGAUGGCUCAGAGAAUGGCCCAGUGCCAAAGAUGGUCAGAUGUGAACAGGCACUAAAGGGACAACGUGCUGAAGGAGGAAGGAAAGAAUUUACCAAACCAGACUUCCAGAAUCAUGCUGUCUUGAGGAGCAAAGCUCAUAAAUUAAAAGGUUAGAGAAGUGAGGCAGUGCCAUUGUGGAAUGAUCCUGAGAGAUCAGCUAAGUCCAGUGGAAGUCCUACUGGAUGGAAGUCCAAUAGAGAAAAACACAUCAGGUCCUCCCUGUGGGUGGUAACAGAUACGAACCCAGCCUCCUGACGCCUCUCUGCUGCUUCUCACCAGACUCUGUUGGGUCCUUCCUCUGCCCUUUCUGUAACCGCUCAGGUCACAUCUUUCCAGCCCUACAUCCAGUGACUCCUCUGCUCCAGAGAUCCGAGGAAUCCCAGCAUCCUCUGCUCUUCCCAGCCCCUACCCCAAUCCCAGUCAUUUAUAUGUGAGAUGUAAAUACUCCCAACCUACUACGGAUUUAGUACAUGGUCAAACCACAGAAAAGGGUUAGGGUCCCACAACAUGAAAGUUCUGUCUCUGGGACAGGCAUUUGGCCUAGUGCUUAAGACAUACAUAUCCCACAUCAGAAUACCUGGGCUCCACACCUGGCUCAGGCUCCUGACUACAGCUUCUGGUUGAUGCACACUCUGGGAGACAACAGAUGAUGGUUCGAGGAACUGGGUCCCUGCCACCACAUGGGAGACCUGGACUGAGUUCCUGAUUCCCAACUUUGGCCUCAGCCAUUGUGAGCAUUUGGGGAAUGAAUCAGUGGGUGGGAGAGCACUCUCACUCUCUUUCUCUCUGAUUUUUUUAAAGUUUUGUCUCUGAGAAAUUGCAGAUAUAUAUAAUCUGACUAAUUUUUUCUAAUAAUGUAAAACUUGUUUUAAUUUGAGGUUAUGAAUAUAUGUGCAGGCAUAUGUGUUCAUAUAUGUAUAUGUGUUAAUAUGUAUAUGCAUAUAUAUGUGUAUAUGUUUAUAUACAUAUUUGUAUGUGUGUAUAUGUACAUAUGAGGGUACUUCAAAAAACUUGUGGGAAACAAAUUUAAAACACAAGUUUAUUUUGUACAAAACCCAUUUACAUACAUGCAUGAUGUUUUCACAAUAUAUAUUUUCCAUGAACUUUUUGAAGACUCCUCAUAUACACAUUUUCUCCUAGUAAUUAUUCUACAGAUCAUCUGCUUAACUUGGGGUCAGGGGAAAAAGCUGGAUUCUUGCUGUAAGAAUUAUAAAAUCUAUAUAAAUUUAUAUUUAUUUUUAAAUAUGAAGAGAACAGAAAAUAGUAUUUGUCCAUGCCUUAUCAGCUUAUUUAAUAACUAUUAAUAUUUUUCUAUAUUUGCUUUUGCAUCUUCUAAAAAACAACAUGGUAGAGAGUGAGCU